AAGCAAACAAACGGCCUGAGAGUAAGAUCAAUUCUGUCUGAAAUAGUCUUCAAGUUGCGGAUGGAAAUGUUGCUGUUGAUCCUCUGUGUCCCUCUGAAAGUGCAGUGCUGAGAGGACCUCAGUGAAGGAAACCAUGGAAAGGUUGGGGCGGCCAGUCACUUACCCAUUCAAGUUCAGGCCCACCAGGAAACCUGGCACUGUGACUCUGAACUCACCACUCCGCUCCAGUGCCGAAGCUGAGAGACCACAGUCUAAGAGCACUUCCCGGUUUGGAGUGCUAAGCCACCAUUCAUUCUUCUCCAGACACAACCCUCAUCCUCAGAGAGUGACGCACAUCAAUGGGUUAAAUGGGAUGCCCGUUUGCACGGUGAAUGAUGACUGGUAUGUCAAUGCUCCACUCUCUCCUCACCCGUUGAUAAAGAGGCAGCUCACCACCACUGUCUUGGGCAUGCCUGGUACCCGACUCCCCAUCAGCAUUUUCCAGCGUAACGGCAUGAGUGACGGCAGAGCCCCUAUGUUUGCUACGGAAGCCUGGAGAGAGGAGCUACGGGACUUUGCCUCUAAGGCUUGUCUCCUUAUACCGAAAGAGACAGAGGAGAUAAAGGAGCCAGAGGUCAGAAGAUCCACACAAUACUCCGCACAGACUGGGAGGCUCAUCCCACCCUCCUCUCGUACUGGUACCGGCCAGGCCUGCUGCCGAGCUUCCAAACACCAUGCUGGGAACAAGAAUAAAUACACCAGCCCCUUCCAGGAUCAGGAGCUGCUGGUGCUGGAUCUACUCUGCCAACUUCUGCAGACGGACUCGCUCUCUGCUGUUCAACAGUGGCUGCUCUCCUCAGCUCAAAGAGAGAAAGAUUUUGUAUUAGGGAUGGUGCAAUCUACUCUGGCAAACAGUCUCCAUGACUACCAGCACAUCACAGACAGAGCAGAAGUGAGGCUCAAUUCCCAGAUGAAUUGCAACCCUUUGGCCCCAGAGCAUAAAACGUGCAACAUCAAUCGGAAUAAACACGAUGGUUAUUACCUCAAAAAGAAGCCAGAAAGAAUUGAAGAGGAGGAACCGGAUCACAUAGGAACUGCCGAAGUUCUUCAGAUCCAUAGAAAUGAGUCUCCUCGCCUUAAUAAUGAACCACAGAACAUCACCGAAUCCAACCAAACCACCGGCAAUAACUAGGAUGUUUCAGAGACGAGUAAAACCAUCCAGUUCACUUGUGUGACUAAUGGCUGAUUUUAAAAAAAAACGUUUAAGGCAAUGUUGAAUUUGUAUUGAUAACAUUUAUGAUGUCAAAUACAAUUGGAUAAGCAUUUCACUUGGGUAUCGAUUUACUCUUUUAACAUAAUCAUUUAAUAACAUCAGGAAUUUGCCAAAUUCUUUAAUGCGGACUUUAGUUUUGAAGCUGUUUUCUGUAAAUUUCUUUUGACAAACUACAGAAAUUGACAUAAGAGUUAAAACUGACUUCAACAAUUAGCCAAAUUCUGUGCACUCUGGAAUGCUAUGUUAACAGAGCAAAUCUAGAUCCAAGUGGAAUUUCUACCCAAAGCAACUGGAUAGUGCUUUUUUGUUGUUGUUGUUAUCUGUCCAGGGGCCGGAUUAGGCCUAUAAACCAGACUAAUUGAACCGCCCUUAUCUAGACUGACCAGAUAAAAUUGGCCCGCACCAAGCUACAAGUCCCUAUCACCCCCAU